AUGUCUGGGGUUCCGCUACCCGCGCAGCUCGAAGCCGCCGAGGGCAUCGCGAUCGCGCAACUGAGCCCCGAGCUCCAGGAUCCAAAGACGCGCGUCGUCCGGGGCGUCGUGACAAUCACUUGGCCGUACAGCAUUGUCCGAAAGAACAUUGCUUUCCUCCUCGCCGAAGCCGACUUCCGCCUGCGUCGCGCCAAGGGACAGGUGCGCGUCGAAUUCGCCGGCUCGAGCGCAAAGGCUAUCGCGGACGCGGCACUGGGUAGCGGUGAUGAGAUUUCGCUGUCCUUGGAUGGGGUCGAGCUCGUCGCCGAUGAUUCCAAGACGCGAGUUCCGGGCACGAGCCUGGACUGGCAGUUGAGGUUCACGGAGAGGGUGCUCCUCCAGGCCAAAAUCAGCGAUUCCGAGGAGGUGAAAAUUAUUGAUGUCAACCACCCCGCUCAACCCCCAGAGCCAGAGCCCGAACAACUGCCCGUGUCCGUCCUUGAGCCGUUCCAGGACGUCGAGGACGUCCCGGAGCCUGUAGUGACACCCGCGAAGGCGAUUUCGAGCAAGAGAUCGGCCGACCAGGGCCUUGGGGUCGACGAGUUUGCCUCCCCCGCGUUCCUCAAACGGGCCAGAGUGUCGUACGGGUCGCUGUUUGAUGGCGGGUUAGAUAUCUUUGAUGAAGCAGAUGUUGGAGCCAAGGCACGCGCCAAGAAGAAGUCAAGGACGGGCCGGUACAGCGGCGUUUGGACAUAUGCCAGUCGAUCCCCCAGCCCCGAGCCGGAAGCACCCGCGGAGGAUACCGAAGACACAUCAAUGAUGGAGGAGCAGCCAACUAUAGCAACACCUUCUCGUCCUACAAUGGUUGACGGCGCCUGUCAGACGGUGGAGCAAGAGACAAGCCCCCCGAGAGAUGUGCAAGUUGCUGCAGAGGCACGACAAGACCAUUUGUAUUGGCAGACGCCGUCGAAAUCGACAAUGAUCGAUUCAGGGGUCCAGUCUGAUCUGCCUCAUAGCCCCAACGUCGGGCUUACGCCGCUAGGAUUUGGGCCACCGCCGCCUAUGCCGAUAUUCACGUCCGCCCACGAGCAGUAUGCGCCAGCCUUCCAGCAGCCGCCUCUCGGUCCGGUCUUUGGCCAUGACCUCCAAUCUGAGAUGGAGCCGCACUACGGUGCUGAAGGACCUUUUCACGAACACUCCAGUGCUUACCCAGAGGCAGGGCUUGAUCAUGCUCUUGAUACGCAUGGUCACUACCCCGCGGCGUUUCUGGAUGAGCCGCAUUUCGGCCCAGAAACCGUCGUCACUUCACAACCGCUGUCGGGGCCGAUACCCACAUACCAGGAUCAUCGGCAACAGCCCGAUGUUGAAGCGGAACCCCACCACGCAGUCAUGGUUGACGGGAUUGCCGAGCCUCAGCAAAUACCCUGGGGUCUCACGUCGGCGCACUACUCGAGAUCGCCCGCGAAGCCUGCAGAGUCUGCCGAGAACAACACUGAAGUGCUUGAGGGUCGGGAACCUAGUCCUCAGGACGCCCCUGGUGAGACGUGGGCUGAUGAUCGCGAGCGCGAGGUGAGACACGACCCUGAGGACCAAGAGGCAGCACUCAGGGUAGAGGAGGACCAAAUCUCAGAAGACCGAGACGGCCCGGAAGAGGAAACCACCGCUAGAACAUACACUGAGAGACGCCUUGAAGCCGUCGAGGAUGAUCGCGAAGAAGCCGCACCAGGCAUAGGGAAGGAGAGCAGUCCCAUAAGCGGUGGCGGCAGCAGCAGCGAAAGCAGUGAGGAGAGUGACGAAGAAGCCGAGCACGAGGCCGACGACACUGGUGGGGAUUACGACAUCAGCAACUACCGCAACCUCAGUAACAACCAAGACGAUGACGACGGGACAGAUUUGGAGUCGGACUACGGACAAGAAGAAGAUGACGAAAUACUGGACCCCGAGCACGGUAAUGAGUACGACGAGGAUCGCGAGGAAGACUCCGAAGACUACGAUGAGGACGAAGAGUUUGACGAAGAUGAAGACCAAGAGAAUCAACCGCCGCCCGUUGCCCCACGAGGGGGGCCACCGGUCGUGAUUGAUUUGCUCUCGGACUCCGAGGACGAAGCCCCACCACCGCGGCCCGCCACAGUUCCCCAGCGACAGAUACCGCAGUACGAUGGAUCCGCCGAUGAGCUAGAAGACGAGGAGUUGUACGACCAAGAGAGCCAGGGAGGGAGUGUCGGGAAUGGUGAUAGUCACCAAGUCUCGUCGCCCCAACCGUCCGACGCAGAGAGCGAGGAGGGAUCUCAAGUUGGAACACCCACGCCGAAGCCUCGUCAGGCGGCGUCUCCCGCUCCAGAGUUGACGACGGCCACGAUCGGCGAUGACUUUGAGACUAUGAGUCCAGUCAAGCUGCCACAAAUGACGGGCGUUCCGAACACUUCGUAUCGGCCUACGUCCCGAGGCGAGUCCGAUAUUCUGGAGGCGGAGCUCGAGAAGGAGUUGGAGGAGGAGAUUGCAGCAGAUGAUGCCCAGAGCGACCGUCAAACGCCAGCCCCGUCUGAAGCCAAAACAGAGGAGGCACCUGAGGACCACCUUGACGAUACAGAGGUUCUGCCGUCUAGUUCAUUCAAUGAAGAUCCUGCAGGUGAUGCCACGCCCAAGCAGGUGGUAUCUAACCCAGCUAAGGUCGAUGCCGAGGAGGAGACUGAGGUACAGAGAGAAGAAUCGCAAGCCGCCGAGUCCCCCGCAGCUACCCCAGAGGAAUCCAGCCCGGUUCGGCCAGACAUUUCGGAUGUCGAGGAGUCAGUAGAUUCAGAAAUCGAGACUGUCGACGUCCCUAAAGUCGCAUUGGGAGAGAAACAAACCUUCGAGCCCGAAGAGCGGGUCACGGAUGAAGUCGAAAGUCAGCGGGGGCUGGAUCAAUCAGAAGCCAUCGUCACAGAGGCACCCGAGACGGUAGGAGAGCAUGCCGGUGCUGCCGAGCCCGAGGCUAUCCAUGCAGGCAAUAUCGAAAGCCGACAGACACCAGAGGUGGAAGCCAGCAGAGUUGAAGUGUCCGAGGAGCGGACGGACAAGGUGCAAGAAGUCGGCUCCGACGACAAGGUCGUUCCCAAGGAGCAAUCUCCAGAACAGACCGAGGUCACUGUGGUCGAAACCUCUGAAGUUGGAUUGGAAGAAACACAAAGUGUCAAAGUAAUCGGGCACAACCAGCCCAAAGAGGUUACGCCGAAACGUAUUCAGAUGAAAGAGACGCAAGUCUCCACAAUGGAAGUGGAAGAGACACAGCCUCAAUCCGACGAUUCAGACAUGGAGGUCGAGCAGGUCGAUGUCGAGACUACAAUUUACGAGGAGAUCAGGCUAGCGUCCCCGGAGACGACGGUUGAGGUGGACAUGGAAUUUGAUGACGAUGGCUCCGUUGAUCCAGCGGACGUUGAGAUGGGCGACCUAGGGGACAUGUCGGUCGACGAUUUCACCAGCCAAGCACCGGACUCGGAUAUGGAACUCGACGAUAUGACCCAGGAAGAGCUUAUUCAGAGCCAGCUCUACGAGGAGUCAAUGAUGUUGGAAGAAGAACAGACGAUUACGACGUCCAUCACCACAACGCAUAUCGUCGAGGAGAGGCCCGACCCCGAGGGAAUCGAAGCUGCCGACGACAAUCAUCUCGAGACUGAAGUUGUUGAGACGUCACGCGUGACCAUUGAAACAUCCGUCACCGAGCCCCUGGAGACCAUUGAGACUACACAACAGGCACAGACUGAGUACGAGGACGCAAUGGACGUGGAUGAGCUGGAUGACGCCAAGUCUACCGAGAUGGCAUCGCCCACGCCGACUUACCAAGUCCAAUCUCAAUCUUUUGAGGAAGUGAAGCUAGUCAAAACACAAGUUGACGAGCAGAUCACUCCAGGCCUCACGCAAAACGCCGAAACUGUCUCUCAAUCCAUUGUUGAGACGCAGGUUACCGAGGAGACUGUACCCGACGACGUGGAUGACGAUGCUCAAUCACAAACGGAGAAGGUAGCGGAGCAUCUCAAAGAUGAUGGUCCCGCCGAGUCUCCUGCAACUGUCCCAGUCCAGCCUGACGAAUUGCUUCUGGACGAGGAGGAAAUGGCCAGUCAAGCUGAUGCGACCUCACCUAUCAACGACGAGCCAUCACAAAUCCGAGACUCCUCGGCGCAACCCUCGGAGGCGCAAUCAUCUCUUAUCGCCGACGAUCCCUCGGAGGAAGUCUCCGCCGCGCAGCCAACUCCGAAGCGAGGUCGCGGCCAGCAGCACCGCAGAACCAACAGCAAGGAUCAGGAUCCCAGCAUCAAGCUGGCCCGUGCGUCUAUUGCAUCGCGACGGUCUACGCGCCUAUCAGAUCGCACGACGCCUGACAUCAGCAGCGCUCGAGUGACGACCCGAGGCAGGUCGGCGAGCUUGGCGCUCAAGAGCGAUUCGGAUGCGGAGGACGACAACACGAGCGUGCAGCUCGCCAGGGCUGCUAUCAAGUCACCAUCGCGAGCUUCCAAGGCCACCAAGGAAGGGAACCUCCCCAAGGAGGCCAAGGUCAAGGAAGACCGACAACCCAAGGAACCAAAGGCCAAGGAGAAGGAGCUCCCCAAGGAGAUCGGCAGUGCAGCACCAGCACCAGCACCAGCAGAGCAAUCAUCCGCAGCGCUCAAGGCGCAGCUCACAAGGUCACUACGCUCCGACGUGCCCGACUGCGUCUCGCUCAAGGUCCUCCGGAAUCACCCGGGCAGGUCCGUCGACGUGCUGGCGGUCGCGACGACCGAGCCGCCCGAGGCGAAGCGCGCAAAGGGCGGACCGCGCGGCAUCAUGCUGGCCUUCAACGUCACGGACCACUCUGUCGCGCCCGCGCAGACGGUCGCGGUGCAGAUAUUCCGGCCGCACAAAGCGGCGCUUCCCGUCGUGCACCAGGGGGACGCGGUGCUGCUGCGCAAUUUUAGCGUCAUGGUUCUGACGCGGAGCGGCUUCGGGCUCCGGGCCAAUGACGGGUCCAGCUGGGCCGUUUUCGAGCGCGAGCGGCGGCACGGCAACCAUGGCGACAACGACCUGCCGCAGAUUCGCGGGCCGCCGGUGGAGCUCUCUGAAGGGGAGACGGCGUAUGCGGCUCUGCUGAGGCAGUGGUAUGCCGGGCUGGACGCCAAGUCGCUCGCGAGGUUGGAUAAGGCCAACGAGGCGGCUCCGGCUGUUGGCAAGGAGGGCGGCAAGUGA